GCUCAUGGAAUAAUGUCUAUAUUGUUUCGAGGCGCUCAAAGAGCCUCGAGACGAUUCAGAUUACCGUCGAAAUGGGGUUCUACAAGCAUCAGGGUGCGGCACAUUAGCAACAAGAACGGCCAAGUGCCCAACCCCUUGGAGUUGAUAUACCCCGAAGCUCCGAACAAGGGACACUCGGAUCUCGCCACGUUUCUGGCUUAUGUCGAACGCACGAGUUUAGACAAGAGGACAACCGUAUAUCGGGGUACUCACUACGAGUACACGGUCGCCGACACGCUCUCCCAGUAUGGCUUCUUCCUUAAGCGCGUGGGAGGCGCCUCGGACCGCGGCAUGGACCUCCUCGGAACUUGGACACCGCCCUCGACCUCGCAAACGAUAAAGGUUAUCCUGCAGUGCAAGGCAGGCGUCCGGAGUAUAGGUCCAAUGUAUGUACGCGAGCUCAAGGGCGCUUUGGUAGCAGCGCCGCCGGGAUGGCGAGGCGCGGACACGUUGGGUCUGCUGGUGGCCGAGAAGCCGGCGACUAAGGGGGUGCAGCGCGAUAUGAACUCGGCCGAGGUAGCGCUGGGGUAUGUUUGUUGUUCCAAAGAGGGAGAGUUGGUGCAGCUCCUAUGGAAUUAUAGGGCGCAGGAGAUGGGCUUGGAAGGGAUCUCGGUGGGCGUCCGGCAUGGGGUAAACGGAGAGGAGAAGAAGUUGGUAUUGAUGAAGGGAGGAAAGGUUCUCCCGAUGCUAGAGAAGACGACACCUGAGGAGCAGGAGCCAAGCAUACCUGUUGACGGUUGA